CGGCUGGGUUAAUUCCCGAACAUUCGUCCAUAUCUGACCGAAUUAAGUUGAUCCUGAAGCUCUGACAAAAUGGUUGAUUACAGCAAGUGGGAUCAUAUUGAGGUAUCUGAUGAUGAGGAUGACACCCAUCCCAACAUUGAUACUCCUAGCCUGUUUAGAUGGAGACACAAGGCAAGAGUAGAACGCAUGGAGGAGCAGAAGAAGGAGAGAGAAAAUGUGGAGCAGGGCACAGAAAGGGCUCAUAAUGCCGUUGAAGAUACAAAACAUUUGCUUGCUGAUCUCAAAGCCAAAGGAGACGAGGAAGGAGCGAAAAAGGCUGGAGCUAAAUUGAAGGAACUUGAGGACGAGGAAAAGAAAUGGAGAGAGAAAGAAGCAGAAAUUGAAAAGAAAGAAAAGCUAACACCAUGGAACGUUGACACCCUGAGCAAACCAGGCUUUGAGAAGACCAUGAUCAAUUCGUAUGAAAAGUCGGAGGAGGACUUGACGGAGGAAGAGAGAGAAAAUAAGAUGGAAACGUUUGUUGAGAAGAACGAGAAGUUGAUCAAGGAGUUUGGGAUGUACAGGAAGUAUCCCGACGCCCAGCGAUUCCUGGUUGACCAUCCGAACCUUGUGUGUGAAGAGACGGCAAACUAUCUGGCGAUUUGGUGUAUCAACUUAGAAUGCCAAGAGAAACAUGGCUUGAUGGAGCAAGUAGCCCACCAGACUAUUAUUAUGCAAUACCUACUGGAGUUAGCCAAAAGUCUCAAUCGUGAUCCAAGAUCAUGUAUCAGGCCUUUCUUUUCAAAGAUGGAUAAAGCUGAGAAGCAGUACAAGGAUGCAUUUGAUGAUGAGCUUGAAUCAUUUAAGAAGAGAGUGAGAGAGAGAGCUCAGAUCAGGAUAGAUAAGGCUACAAAAGAAGCUGAAGAGGAGAUUGAAAAGGAAAGGCAGGAAAGAUUAGGACCAGGAGGCUUAGAUCCUGCAGAGGUGUUUGAAUCAUUGCCAAAAGAGCUGCAAGAUUGCUUCGAAUCCAAGAGCAUAUCUCAACUCCAAGAAACCAUUGCCAAAAUGAAGCCCGAAGAUGCCCAGUACCACAUGAAGCGAUGCGUGGAUUCCGGCCUGUGGGUACCCGGAGGGGGCGCGGACAAAGAUGAAGACGGGGAAGGGGCGACGGCGGGGCCAGGAGACGGUGACGAGGAAGAGGUUUACGAAGAGAUCGACAAAGAAUCGGAAACGAAUCUUGAUGCUGUUGAUUAGACCAAACUUCUGUUGAUUGUGUUGUAACUCACUAUGCUAACUCAAAGACGCCUUUCAUGAUAUCUGGGAAGCGUUUUAUGAAAGGAUUUGUCAGAUGUCUUUUCCAACAGUAACUGUAUGAACAGACACCUGUACUCUCAGCCUGGCAAAAUGAAGGAAGUUAUAAGAUAUGACAACUUUUCAGACGACAGACAUUCAUGAAAUUUUAUGAAGCUUUUCAGCACUGACUAUUCGGGACACCCAUGCUUCCCUGCCACUUGGAACCAAGGGAAGUUUUCAGAUCUGGGGAGGGCUGGGGGGAGUUUCACAAAGAGUUAGGUGUGACUUAUGGUCACACUUUAAUUUCAGUUUGUGUAGUAUGAAAGGCAUCACCACAAUGGUAAGAUUACUGGCCGAAUCCUACAAAGAGUUACGAUAUCUGGCAAUCAGGGACCUGUCUCACAAAUAUUUGCUAUCGAUCUGAUCAACCACAACUAUGGACGGCCAGCAACAUCAACAUCCAAUAUGUAUGUUUGUUCAAAUUAUUUACUAGAUAUGAUGUAUAUUCACUCAUUUAUCAUUUGCUGGAAAAUUCAGUGUGAUUCUUUUUGUUUUCUAAGGAGAUUGUGCAAAUUUCCUGUAGAAAAAAAAAUGGUACGGAUGGAUUUCCAUACAGUUGAGAUUGAUUGGAUCAAUCGUAACUCUUUGAAAGAUGUUGCUCUGAUUAUGCGUUAAAUAAUGUGAGCGCUGUGGUCCUUAAGCAUGGCUCUAAUCAUACUUAAGUUUUUGUGAAACUCCUCCCCCGGCAACUUGUCAGACAACAAAUGUUGAUGAAACCCUUCCCGCGAGUGUGAACAGAUGAACAUAGAUGCCUGAAUAUUUUGUUUCGACUCUCAGUGUGUUUAUACAUGAUUAAAUAAGCGUUUUGAAAUGCACAUGCUGGACUCAUUUUGUGGGACUACUGUUGAUGCUUACAUCCCAAGAGAAGACCCACGUAAUAUUUAUCCGUGGCCUAUGCAAGGUGCUGAGUGAAACAUCAUAUGUACUAGCUUAUUAGUAAUGUUGCCUUUAUGUUCCUCUUAUGUACAACAUUUAUGUAUACAUCAUAUCCAAAUGAAUCUUUCUUUUGUGUGCAUGAGCAGUAAGCGUUCUAGAUUGGCACUUUUUGAAUAACAAGAACGACAAGUAAGAAUGUUCAUCGAUGUCAUACUCAGAGCUGCCAAGUAGUACUUGCUUUCAGUAAUUAUUACUUAAAAACAAGAAAGAAUACUGGUGGUUUCAUGCAAAUUACUGAUUUCUAAAGUUUCAGUUUAUGUUCUGUCCUAUCAAUAUAUCUGAAAAUACUGAUCUUACAAAAACACUGAUUUUCGGCCUGUAAGAGACUGAAAUGCUCUUGAUUGGGUUGGCAUUUCUGCAUACUGAGCAUGUUAACUCCUCCCCUCUCAUUCUGCCCUUAAAGUUGAGCUAGAAAUGAUGCUUUUGUACUAUUUCUGUUGUGCUAUCCUAGAUGGAAUUCAGAAAAAAUAAGAAACCUGUGCUCAUGUGGUCUUAUGGUUAGACCAUUGGACCCAUGAUUAUGAGCUUCUGAGUUAAGUCCCUGGUUGGCUAUUAUCUCCAAUAACUAUAUAGACUAGAGAGUAAUUUCUGUUUGUUUGUAAGGUCGGUCACUAGGUAUGAGUGUGGCGAAAAUGAUGCGGCUUAUCAUCUUGGUAAAUCUGUGCAGUGCCUGUCUGUAGAAAAUCUCCAACCGCAGAACAAGCGGGAAUAUAUGUACAUGUAUAUCCACAGUUUUAUUAUUCAUUUUCAUUUGGUGCUUUUGUUAACAAACAUGUACAAGUUUUCAUCAUCGAUAUUAGCCAUUAAGACUGCAUCCUGUUGUGUGUGUUACUAAACACAUGGGGGUACCUCACAAAGAUAAAGUCUGACUUAGACUAGAGUCACAUUAAAUUCCCAGUUGCGUAAGGUACAUGCGUAUAACGCAUUACCGCACUUCUGCUUUAUCAAUCAUAUACGCGUUAGACAACAUGCGGUUGUUGGCAUUUAAGCAUGACUAAGUCACACUUCACUUUUUUAAAAAAGAACACUCCCCUGGAAGUUUGAAAUAUUGAUGGAAAUGGAUUUCAAUUUGAUGUUAUCACAACUCUGUAUGUGAAGAUAGGCUGCAAGGUAACAUUUGAUUUAAUCACUCGUAAUUAUUGUAGUAAAAUUUGUUGAUGGUUAACAUCAGCUCCACUGAAUCAUUUCCUAUUGAAUACAAUAUCAAAUAGCAAUGAAUGUAUUAUCCAUGAAUGUACUAUCAAUGCAUUACAGAUUUCUCUCAGUCAAACUCUUUUAAACCAAACAGUUUUAAAUAUGCAAAGCUGUGCUCUUGAAUGGAAAUGAGAGGUAGAGAAAUAGAAAAUCUGUAAAUACAAUGGUUUAACCGAAUUGAUUUCAUAAGAAUAUGUCAUUUAUUGUCAGGAAGUUUCCCUGAAAUUCUGCCUCAUUAAAUUUGAAUGUAUGAAAUACAGAGUUCUUUUUUAUUUUAAUGUGUAACAUUAUGCUUAAACCUAUUGUUUAUCUUAUGGUAUGGUAUUGUUUAUUUAUUUUAACAUUUUGUUAUUUCGUUAAGAAUGCAUGGCAUCAAUACUGAUUAGUUACUCAGAAGUUAUGAUUUUGUCCAGAAAAUACACCAUAUGAUAAAUAUGAUAUAUGAUAUAACUUAAAAGUUUCAGAUAUGUUUAUAUCUCUUACCUUCAUUGCCAUAAGUACAUUGAUAUAUUUUAGGAGGUGGUUUCAUAAAAUUGUAAAGUUACAAAUGACUUGAUUAUGGUAAGUCAAAUGUAAACCAAAUGUGAUCAAUCAUUAUGACCCACACCCUUAUUGCUCAAAAUCGUUUUUGCAAAUAAAAGAUGAAUAGAGAAAGGUUUGAAAUGCAGCCAUAAUUUGUUAAACAUAUGAUAGAAACCUGCAUGCAUCUUAUUUGGGCAAUUGAUAUUCCAUUCAAUUGUAGAAUCAUGCAUAACUUUGUAGAAUAACCUUCAAGGGCAUGUUGCAGUAAGAGGUACAAUCGAUCGCAACUCAAAAAUUCAAUCAUAAGUCUGAAACGCGUGUAUACGAUAGGAUGAAAAUUAAGUUGCUUUUAUGGAGUUGCCAAGCCUUUCUACCACGUACGCCAGGGGAGUGUUUCAUGAAAGGUCUUGCCUGAACUUUCAUCCAACCAGUCACAUUUUAUCUAACAGUCGCUGUAGUAACAUGGCUUCUAAGCCAAUCAAAAUCAAGGAAAGCUCCUUUCAGACAAACUGUUGAUGAAGCACUCCCCAGAUCAUUACUUUGAUUUCAUUUGGUACUUUGUACAAUUAUUUGUCAUGAAAAUGAAAUGAUUUAGAACAGAACAAACUUAGAUGCAUUGAUUCUUGGAGCCAUUUUUUGAUUAAAAAAAAAUUGAUGUUGCAAUGUUUACUUUAUCAAUUCUGAAUUUUGAGGAGUAUUGGAACGCAAAUCAUACAAUGUAAGUUGUUCUGAGUAAAAUGAUAUUUGAAUGUA